AUGUCGGCCUCCGUGGGGGGCCCGCUGGGACGCCCGGGCGACCGCUUCGGCCAGGAGCUGGCCGACCUGCUCCGGCCGCUGGAUGGCCAUUUCGAGUCGGACCACCACUGCGCCGAGGCCCUGGAGGCCAUCACGGCCCAGCUGGCCGAGCGAGUGGACUUCCUGAAGAGCGAGCUAUUCGACAUCGUGUCGCGGCACCAUGCCGUGCUCGGCAUCGAGAUCCACCCGGCCCAGGAGGCCGGGGCUGCUGGGGACAUGACCCCGGCCGCGCGGAUGGCCAGCGCCGCCGGCGGGGCGCUCGGGUCCGCGCGCGCGGUCGAGUCCCGCGCACUUGUCCUGUCCAAGGCACUGCAAACUCUCUCAUGGAAAGCCGACCAGAGCUCAUCGCCGGCUAUCCUGCGGGUGCCGCGCGCCGCGCGCGCUGCCCGGCUCAAGGCCCGUGCACUCAACUCGGCUGCCGCCAUCAUCGGCCUGGCGGCACGACUGCACCACCUCCUGGCCGGUGCCUCGACCGCCCUCGGCACCGCCAUGUGGGUGGAGUGUGCGCUCUUGUUGAAUCGCGUGGAGGAGUAUGUGACCCUGCACACGGCGCUCCGGGCUCGGCUGGUGGACAUCGCCACUCGGGCGGUGGUUGUCACCGAGCGCACCCUCACCCCGUUGGACCCGCCGGCGCACUCGAGCGACAUCGAUGCCCUGUUUGCCGCGGCCUCGGCGGCCCUGGCGCAGCCAUUGACCCGGCCGGCCUUCUGCUCGGUGGUCCAGGUGACUGUGCACGCUCGGCUUUCCGGCAUCACCACCGACCCCGAGCGCACCACCGCCCUGCAGGAUGUCCUCCUGGCGCUGCACCUGACGCAGGAUCUCCGGCCGGGGGCCGGGCCCGGGCUUCUCAGCCCGCCCGGGCCGCUUCAGCUGCCGGACCUCGAGACGACCUUCACGGCAGCCCAUCUGCUGGCCCCGCUGGAGGCCUCGCUGCCGACCCCGGGGGAUGCGGUCCUGCGGGACCUGGCCGGGCGCCUGGCCGGGCGGGCCUUCCCCCUGGCCGUCGGGGACCCGGAGGCACGGGUCUUCUCGGCCCAGGCGGCCCCCUUUGUGCAUGUGUUGACGCUGGUGGCCCCGGUCCGGCACUUGGGCCUCGGGCCGGAUGGGGCGUCCAUCCAGCAGGUGGCGGCCCCCGGCCCGGGGGCCGACCCGCGUGCCGUGGCCGAUGAUGUGGCUGCCGGGACCGUGUACGAGCGGGCCUCGGCCAUUGUGGAGUUUUUGCAGCCGCUGGUGGCCGGGCCCCCGAGCGAGCUGGUCCUCGGGCCCGGCCGCCCGGCGGGGGGGCCAAUGCCGGAGCUCUCCGCCGCCGAGGGGCAACUUUUGUCGACGCGCACCAGCCAGCGCUGGGCGGCGGCCGUUUGGCCGGUCCUCGUGGGGGCUCUUCAUCAGGGGCCCUACACCCUGCUGGUGGAGCAUUUCGCCACGGAGGCCACCGGGCCGGGGGAGGACGCCCCGGCGGCCGGGGACUUUGCCUCGCGCGCGCACACCAGUGCCCAGCAAUUCGAAUCGUACCUGCACCUGAAUGGGCUGCUGCCGCGAGGGCCGGCCGAGUGUGGGGCCACGGCCGGCGGCCCGGGGGCCGAGGUCGGGGCCGGGGCCGGGGCCGGGGCCGGGGCCGGGUCGCCGCGGUGGCCGCCCGGCUUGGCGCCCGGGGCCCCGGCCCCCGGGCCCGGGGUGGCCUCGUCGCCGGCCGCCGCCGUGGCCUCGCUGUCCGGCUGGUGGCAGGCCCCGCGGUUCCAGGCGCGGGUGCGGUCGGCUCGGCGAACUCGGCUGCUGGAUGCCGCGCGUCGGGACCUCCUGUGUGGCCAGGCCUAUGGCCAUGAGGCGGUUGGCGGGGACUGUGCCCGGCCGGAGGGCGCCGCGCGCCAGCAGCUGCUGGCCCUGCUGGAUGACCCGGCGGCCGCCGGGGCCGGGCCGGCUGUCGACCGGCUGCUGUCGGUCGAGCAGGAUCUCUCGCCCCUGGCCGUGUCCCGGCGCAUUCGCCGGCUGGCGGUCGGCCACUUGGUGCCCCUGUGCCUGGGGCUGGCCACCGGCGGGUCGGGCGCCGGGCCGGAGGACAUCUCGGCGGUGCUGCGCGAUGUGGUGGAUCUCCUGCGCGCGCACUCGGUCCUUCGUCUGCGCCAGGUGUUCGAGGCGGCCGUCAGCGCCGGUGCCGGUGGCGGCCCCCCCGCCGAGGCGCAGCUUCGUGCCCAGUGCGAGGCCGCCGCUCGCGAGGGGGCCCUCGCGCACAAUGACUUCCUCUAUGUGGCGUGGGUUUUGUCGUGCUUCGGCACGCCGGAGCUCCCGUCGCCGGGGUCCUCGGCGCGCGCCGGCCUGGCCAGCACCAGUGUCGCGCCGCUGCUGGUGGCCCUCUGCCGGGAAGCCGCCCGAUCGGCCUAUGUCCAGAUGAUGACGCUGCUCGGGGCCAGCGUGUGCGAAUCGCUGGUCGGGGUGUUCCGCGCCCGGACGGACGUCACCUCCCGUGGCCAGGCCGUCCGGUGGCAUUGUGCCCUGCUGGAGGGGGUCUUCACUUUGUGGACCCUACCCGACGCCGCCGCCGCCGCCGCCGCCGCGGAUCUGGCUGGCGGCUUUCAAUUUCCCGGACCCGAUGCAGCUGGCCCCGACGGGGAGAUCUUCCCGGAGGCGGGUCUCUGGUGCCCGCCAUCCCCGGGGCCGGUCUGGGCGCCACAGCUGGCCGGCUCAGGCGCAGGCCCCAGCACCCCGGCCGAGCCGGGCCCCCCCUCGGAGGUGGGCCAUGACGUGGUGUGGGCUGGCGCGGCAUCCUCAGCCGAGGGGUUCCGCCAGGAGGUCCUGGGCUUCGUCGACAGCCUGGCCCUUCGAGAGAUCCUCGGCCGAGCGUCCUGCCUGUGCCUCUUUUGCGAGGACUGCUGUCGGUUGUACUUGUGUCCGGCGGGCUGCGAGGCCGCCCCGGGCAGCGUGGAGCCGCACCAUUCGCCGGCCCAGCUCCUGGAGGCCGGCACCCUUGGACCGCUGCUGGCGGCGGUGGCUCGCUUCCGGCCGGCGCACCGGGGCCACCUGCUGCCCGACCUGCCGGCGGGGGCCUGCCCCGGGGAGGGCGCCCCCCGGGCCGGCGGCUUCUCCUUCUGGGUCUUUUUUUCGCGGGCCCUUCCGGUGCCGGAUGCCUGCCGGGCGGGGCAUCCCGGCCAGCCGGGCGCCGGCGCCGCCUUCGGGGCUGGCAUUGUGAAGGCCCUCGGCUUGGUCGCCUUGGCGGUAGGUUGCGCGGUAAUCAGGCGCCCGGUCAUCCGAUCGCCGGGGCUGGCUGCCCUGGGUGGCUUCCUUGCUGGCGCCCUGCCCGGGCUGUUUCUCACGUCGCCUGCCUUCCUCCCCCAGGCUCGGCUGCGUCCUGGCUGCCGGGUUUGCUGCGACGCCGAAGCCGCGGCCGACCGCGGGCCGCUGGUGGCCGCCCUGCUGGACAUGACGGGGCUCCUGGCCCGGCGCCUUGUGUGCUUCGAGCGCCUGGCUCUCGGCGCCCUGGCGGCCAUCAUCGAUGAUGAGCUCUUGAGCCGGGGCUUCUCCAGCCACGUCAGUGGCGAAGUGCUGUCUCGCAUGGAGGCGGCAUCCGGUGGCCCGGCCGGCCGGAAGCAGCAUGCCCUGAACCUGCGCCUGGCCCUGUCACGCCUGCUGGACUUGGUUUCCCAAGUGCUGGCCACCCUGCCAGGGCAGGUUCUCCGAGCCCUGCCCGAGGCCACGCACUUGCAGGUCCUCCGGGACAACCUCGGCGCAUAUGACUGGGCCGAGCGCAUCCGGCAGCUGGCCGAUUUGGGGCAUGGCCCGGCCGUGGCCUCGGCCGCCCAUGUGGCUGGCCCACACGCCGGGCCGAGCUCCCUGCUGUCGUUGCGCGGCCGGCUGCAGGCCAUCGGCACGUUGCGGCCGCUGGUCCUGCGUGCCCUCACAUCAGACACGCUGGCCUUCUUCGAUGACGGGCAGCCGGGCCUGCUGCAGCGGCUCCGCAUCCGGUGGCUCCUCCGCCAGAUGCACCUCCAUUCGCGAUCGCUCGGCAAUGCGUUGCGUCUUCUCGCGCAGUCGAUUGAGGAGUACGAGUCGAUCGAGCCCUCGGAGGGUGGCCUGUUCGCCGGCCUGCAAGCGCUUUCAAUGCAGGCCGGGGCCCUGUCGACCGAGCUCCGCCUGGCAGCCGGGCGUCUGACUCGCCUGCUGCAGUUGGCCCACCAUGGCCCCGGCUCGCCGGGCCGCGAGACCGCUGCUCGGGCGCUUGUCCAGCACUUUGAGCAGCUCCUCAUUCCGGACCUGGGCCGCAUUCUCGGCCGCGCCGAGGCCCUGAGCUCGCGAUUGGCCGCACCGCCAGCCGCCGGCGUGGCCCGGCCGGCCGCCAUCCCGCACGACCAUGUGGCGCCGGUCCGCCUGUCGGACAUCGCCAUCCAACCGGAAACCGGUGAGUAUGUCACCGAGGGUGGGAGUCACCCGCGACCUGAGGAUGUGCCCCCGGAGCCGAGCCAGUGGUUUGUCUUCGCCGGAGCCGACGAGGAUGACGACCGCGCGGCUGACUUCCCCCGGCCAAAGUCCACCCUCUCGCGCGAGGAGCGCAUCGCCCAGCGCAAGGCGCGCCUGGAGGUCGAGCGCCAGCAGCGGGAGACACAGCAGGCCAUGCUGGACCUGGUGUCCGAGCUCCAGGACGUCCUGCGGGACCUGCCCAUCCCGGAGCCGCCCAUUUGAGCCGCCUCGUCCGGGGGCCCAAGACAAAACACCACCCCUUGGCACAAUCCCCCCC